CAAACUCAAAGUUGAAUUUCUGUUUGGGAAAAUUCCCUAAAAUGUCACUAUAAAGGUGUUUACUAUUGUCAAAACUGUCUUUGAAGAGUUCAGGAUGCAGAAAUUUAAAUUUGAAGACUUAGUUUACAUUCAACGGCCAGUGAUGGAUGUUCGCAUGUAAAUUAGUAAAGUUUACUAUGGUGUUUAAUAAAAGAGAUUUGGCGAAAGCAUUUUCGCCAAACAAAGUUAAAAAGUUGCCAAAGAAACGAAUUUCAAACAAUUCAACAAAGCCAAGCACAAGUGAAAGCCCAAGUUUAUCGAUACAAACUGAAUCUGGUUCGCAGACGAGUAUUAAAGUAAUCGUAAGAAUACGACCGCAAAAUGAGCAUGAACAGCAGAGCAAUUGUAAAACUGUUUUGAAAAUUGUUGACGAUAGAAUGCUAAUUUUCGAUCCUAAAGAAGAGGAGAAUCCAUUUUUUUAUCAUGGUGUUGCUCAGAAAGGUCGUGAUUUGCUUAAGAAACAAAAUAAAGAACUACAAUUCAUUUUUGACAAAAUAUUUGACAUGACGUCGAAUAACAGUGAUGUAUUUGAAGGAAGUACGAAAGAUUUGAUUUGCAAUCUUUUGGAUGGUUAUAAUUGUUCUGUAUUUGCAUACGGAGCAACUGGUGCUGGAAAAACUCAUACUAUGCUUGGUAGUAGCAAUGAUCCUGGUAUUACAUACAGGACAGUCGCAGAAUUAUUUUCUCAAAUAGAACAGCAAAGUGAUCAACGUGAAUUUAAUUUAGGUGUAACGUAUUUAGAAAUUUAUAAUGAAAAUGUGCAAGAUCUUUUACAUAAAUCUGGUCCUUUGCAUUUAAGAGAUGAUGGUAGAUAUGGAGUAGUUGUUGCUGGUCUUAAAAUAAUUGCUAUUCAGAAUGCUGAAGAAUUAUUGACACUUUUAGCAAAAGGCAAUAAAAAUCGCACUCAACAUCCUACGGAUGCAAAUGAGGAAAGUAGUAGAAGUCACGCUGUUUUUCAAGUUUAUAUUAAUAUCACCAACAAAAUGGAUGGUCAAGUACGACAAGUUAAACUGUCUAUGAUUGAUUUAGCUGGUUCUGAAAGAGCUUCUGCUACAGGUUGUAAAGGGGCAAGGUUUAAAGAAGGUGCAAAUAUUAAUAAAUCUUUAUUGGCUCUAGGCAACUGCAUUAAUAAGUUAGCAGAUGGCGCAAAACAUAUAACAUACAGAGAUUCUAAAUUGACUCGUCUCUUAAAAGACUCAUUAGGUGGAAAUUGUCAGACAGUUAUGAUAGCUAACAUAGCACCUUCUAGCUUUAGUUAUGAGGAUACAUACAAUACAUUGAGAUAUGCAAAUAGAGCAAAGAAGAUCAAAUCUCAUAUAAAGAAAAAUAUUAUAUCCUGUGAAAUGCAUGUAACUGCAUAUAUAAAAAUGGUUGAAGAACAAAAGAAAGAAAUAAAUUAUCUAAAACAAAAGCUAUUAGCAUUUGAAAAUAGUUCGCUGCAUGCAUUACCACAAGGUCAAGGUAAUAACAUUAAUGAGGAAAUAGAUAAAGCUGCACUAAUUGAUAGCAAUAAAUUAAUUGAAUUACUUCAAAAAAAGAAAAUUCUGAAUGAAAAAGUCCUUUCAUUAGAAAGCGCAGACAAGAUAUUAUGCUGUAGAAUUCAAUAUAAGAAAGCAGCAGAUGAAAGAUUGCAUAAUCUAACAGCAGCUGUUGAUACUUUGACGCUUGAAGAACAAAAUGCAAGUGGUAAAUCAAGAGUUAAUAAAUCACUGCAUUACUUUGAACGACAAAGAGAUUCUUUAAAGAUACAGAUGGAAGCAGCAUGGGAGGAAUUGUGUUCAGUAGAAACAGAAAUACAAAAACUGUAUGCAGAAGCAAAGUUAAAGAAACUUGCAAAAUUAGAAGAUAUGUUUGCACUACAAACUAGUGAAAUAGAAAAUUCUAGAUUGCAACAACAGUGUGAACAUGCAAAAAAAGUAAGUAAUCUUCAACAAUGUGAAAUAGAGUCUCAUUAUUCAAUGAUUAAAAUGAUGAGUACAACAUUACAAAAUUAUUAUAACAUGAUGAGAGGAUAUGGAACCAUGACAGAUACAAUGAAGGAAGAAUUUAAACAGCUGAUCAAAUUAUUAGAAGGAGUAAGAAAUAUAAAAUGGUCAGAUAUGGAAACAACUAAACAUGAGGAGUGCUUUUAUAACUUGACAUGCCUUAGUGUACCCCAUUUAAUGGAUCCCCUUAAUAGUAAGAUACCUAUAUAUGUGUUACAACCUUUAAAUGAUCAAAAUGCAUUGGAUGCAACUUUCAAUACAUCUUAUUCUGAAAAAGAAGUGUUUGAUACACAGAAUGUAACUGUCACAUUGGAAGAAGAAUCAACCAUGGAUUGUAAUACUGAUAUGAAAGUAAUAAAGCAAAGUACAGAAGAAGGACAAAAUGUAAAUUGUAUACAAGAAAAAGUUAAAAAGCGUGUCCUUUCAGAUAAAAAUAAUAUGAAUAUAACAAGGACUCCUAUCAAACAGGCAAGGAAGAUAUCCCCUAAACGUAAGGAUAUUACAAUCUGUACAAUAGGAAUCAAAGAUAAAGAAAAUAAAAAAUAUACGCAAAAGCCACAUGUAACAAUGAGCGCUAGAAGUAUAACCAUAUUAAAUAAGUUAAAAGCAGAUAAACUUAAGAAAGAAAAUCUUGAUAUAAAUACAUCAAAUAGAGGGUUAAAAGCAGUAAGGGAAAAAGAAAGAAAAAGAUUAAUGUCAACGCAUCCCUAUCAAAAACCAAAAGAAAAACAAAAAUUCUGUCCAGUUCUACCUUCGUCACAAAUUCCAUGAUAGCAAUAGUAAUAAUAUGAAAACUAAUUUAACAACAAACAAAUGUAUAUGUAAUUUUUUAUGUUGGAUCCAGAAAGACGAUAGAUGGAGGUCUGAUUAAAUAUUUUAUAUUUUUAGUGACAUAUAAGUACAAAAAAUUUAUAGCAUAAAGUAACAUUAUAAUAAGCAUAAAAAUGACAUUGUAAUAAGAAAAAUAAUAAUCAUAAAAUCUUGAAGAUGUUAGUUAUAAAAUUGAAAUUAUAUAAAAUUAUGCAAUGUUAUAAAGGUGCAAAUGUAUCUUCCAUUUAUAUUUGUUUAGUAAAAGUAUUUGUGGAUUUAUGUUACUUUUUAAUGAUAUUUUAAUAAAUCAUCAUUUAUAGACUGAAUAUCGAAAAAAGAACACAAGAAAGUAAAAUAACAUCAAUUUAUAUUUAUCUUAUAAGGUAGCAUUUACUUAAUGUUUCAUAUUGUGGUGCAAUAGUCAGAAACACCUUCAGGAGAGAAACUAAUUUGUGGAACAUUGUUGGAUAAGAAUGUAUGGUUAUAUCGAGAAAUAUUACAAAUGAAAAUUGUUUGCCUCUUAGUUAUGGUACGUUUAAUACACAACUAUCAUAGGUCAGAAAUGAGAUAUGCUGUAAUUUAUGAACUUAAUUGCUUUUUAAGUUAAGUUUAAUUUAAAUAAAAUAAACGAAAUUGAACUUAAA